AUGGGACGUGCAGCAGGCAGGGGAAUCCCAGCACAUGCUGCAGCAGCUGCAGCAGCACCAGCAGGUCUAGCUGGUCCAGUCAGAGGAGUUGGAGGUCCAUCACAACAGGUCAUGGCUCCACAGAUAGGUGCCCCACCUCAACAGUACCCUGGUGGAAGGGGAAUGCCGACCAGACCUCCUAUGGGUAGAGGAAUGCCACCCGGCAUGAUGCCACCCGGAAUGAGACCCGGAAUGCCUCCACUCAUGGGCAGAGGAAUGCCUCCACCAGGCAUGGGAAUGAGACCACCCAUGGGAAUGAGAGGCCCACCCCCUCCAGGAAUGAGACCGCCACCCAGGAAUUAA